CUAGUCGCGAACCGAUUACAAUCGUUAUGUGCAGCCCUUCCGGAGUCGUCUUGCUAUUCCGGCAAGGUUGUUGGAGUGGACGACCCAGUGGAACAUCUUCCUAGGAAUGACCACUGACCAGGGAUCAGCAGCCUCGUUCUCGUAUUCAAACCAUCAGCUCGUCCGCAUAAACUUCCCCGCAAAUCUCUCUCUCUCUCUCUCUCUCUCCCCAGAAGCCAUGGACGAGAGGCGACGCGGCCGCAAACAGCAGAAAAGAGCAAGUACCAGCACGGAAGAAGUGAGCAGUAUCGAGUGGGAGGUCAUAAAGACGACAGAGCAAGAAGAGGAUCUAAUCUACAGGAUGUACAAGCUUGUCGGAAACAGGUGGGAUUUGAUAGCAGGUCGAAUUCCGGGGCGUACGCCAGAAGAGAUUGAGAGGUUUUGGAUAAUGAGACAUGGCGAUACUUUUGCUGAUGAAAGGAACGAGCGUGAUGAUGGCCGGCGCUCAUGAUUCCCAUUUUUGUUAAAUUUCUCUGAAUUCUUGGGCCUUUCUUUCUUUAGAUUCUUACUGUCAAUAGAAAUUCUGUUCUAUAUUCUUUCAAGAAUAAUUCGAGGUUGUGAUCAGAAAAUUGUUACUUGGACGUUUGGAAUAAGCGAUGAACUUUUGCGGAGGGGCUCUAUGAGCUUUGUUCA